GAUUGGAUUUCUCGAUGCCUUGUUCGAGGAUCUUUAUUUACAAGUUGAACAAAUGUGCGAUCCCCCAGUGAUGAAGGAGUUCUCUUUGACAAUUCCUUCAGUUCCUGAACAACGUCACGAGUAUGACAGUGGCGUUUGGGUGUGCAUAUGGAUGAUGGGUGCAACUUGGGAUGAAGAUUAUUUUAUAUGGGCAUGUGGAGAUAUGAGGAGAAUGUAACGAGCUUUGUAUCUGGUCAAACAACCUGCAAAUUACGUAAGACAUAUGGUCAUCAAGGAAGCAAAUAGGAAUGCGCCGAGGUUUGAACUCGAGACUCGUACGUACAAGGAAGAAAAUCGAAAGAGGAUGAACAAGAACUAGAGCUAAAUGGAGAUAGUGCUUCCAUGAUUUCGUAAUCUACGCUUGCUUUUUGGAUUCAAGGACUUGUUCAUUAUAUGUUUCACUACAUUUCAUCAGAUUAAUGGUUGCAUUUCUGUUGGGUAUUUUGGAUGAACAAAUUUCAAUUUACAUUAUCAUGGG